GCGUCGAUCGUGUCCGAUCGUGUCUGGAGCAUCCUCCCCGGAGACUCCAGAACUUGUGCUUUGCAAUAGUUCCGAUCCGGAUUUCGAAGUGUGUUUUGAGAGUUUUUUUUUUUUUUUAUCAUUAUUAUUUCUUUAUCUCGUCGUGAAGCAAGCCAUGGCGAUGGAAGGGACACUAACGGCCACGGUGAGAUUGGCUACCCCAGCAGAUGCUCCGUCUAUUGCGAAACUCAUCCGAGAACUUGCAGAUUUUGAGGAGCUUUCUCACGCGUGUGUUGUCACGGAAGAGAAGCUUCACUCGUCGCUGUGGAAGUUGCCGCCCUUCCAAGGACCUACGGUGCUCAUGCUCGAGGUUUGCCAACAGGAAGAAAACGUUGUAGAGGUAAAGGAAGAUUGGCAUGCGGAGGGAGAGGUCUUUGAGCCGAUUGUUAGGUCUGUCGUGCUCAAGAACCCUAUCGACGAUUCUGCAAGGGAGGGCUUCAGGUCGCCGUCAACUGGCACUCACACAACAGUCGGCUUCGUGCUCUUCUUUCCAAAUUACUCCACGUUUCUGGCCAAGGGCGGAUAUUACAUCGAGGAUUUGUAUGUGCGGAAACCGUACCGGGGCACAGGGUUGGGGACGAUUUUGCUGAAGAGCGUGGUGCAGCAGGCGAAGAAGCUCAGGGCUGGGCGAGUGGAAUGGUGUGUGCUCGAUUGGAAUGUGAACGCCAUCAAGUUCUACGAGGGGCUUGGCGCGAAGGUGAUGCCGGAGUGGCGCAUCUGUCGUCUAACAGGCGAGGCCUUGGAAGCGUGUGCGCUUUGACGACUUGUGCUUACUUUAGUGCUAGGGUUGGGAUCGGACCAAUGGAAGGUGUAUGUUGAGAUUUAAAUGCAGCUAGAUUUCUUAACGCUGACUAAAGGUCUCUAAGUUUCUGUGAGCCGUAGAGGAGCUGAUGUUGUACAAGAAGGUUAGCGUGCAUUAUCUUGCUUUCCGAGCUGGGCAACGCAUGAAUUGUUAGCUGCAAGCACGAUGGUAAUGCGGUUGCGAGGUCGGAAUUGUAAAGUCGAUUUGAGCUAAAAUGCAACAACCAGGUUGAGGCGUCGCAA